AUGGUCAACAUCAUCCAGCCGAAAGUCGAUCCCCUGCCUACAGGCAUUGAUCUGACGGGUAAAUCCGUCGUUAUUACCGGUGCCAGCGCUGGAAUGGGCCUGGAAACCACCAAACAGCUGCUGCGAUUGCGCGCUUCGACUGUGAUACUCGCCGUGCGCAAUGUCGCCAAGGGUGAGGCUUGCGCAACUUCCCUGCGACAGGACCGCCGCAUCCAAACCCACAAUCCCAAUCCGACCAUCAAGGUCAUGGCACUUGAUGUGGAUGACUAUGCCAGCGUACAGCGGUUCACGAAGCAGCUCCGCGAAGAGAUUCCGGUGGUCCAUCUCCUCAUUCUCAAUGCAGGUAUCGGUCUGCUGAAGCUGGAACGCAGCCCGAGCGGCCAUGACCGAACCACCCAAGUCAAUUAUCAUUCCAACGUUUUGUUAAUUGCCGAGCUCCUGCCGUAUCUCGAGGCGGGUGCAGAGAAGACCGGCUCUCCUGCACGGAUUAGCUGGGUUGGCAGUCGCGCACAGGAGAGCACAAGCCUCGAGAAGAAAGCUCCCAUCAAGCCCGGUGAAGGUGUGCUGGCGCAUAUGGACAAAGAAGAGGCCUUUGUUCCGUUCCAGCGCUAUGGGGACACGAAGCUACUUUGCGCCUUAUUCAUGUAUAGUCUGGCGCCGCGUCUGGAUCCCAAGAAAGUCAUCAUCAACAUGAUGUGUCCCGGCAUGGUGAAUACCAGCAUGAGUGAUGUUCUACCCCUACAUUUGCGGUUGAUCGUGAAUGUCGUCAAGUCACUCCGCGCUAGGUCUGUUGAGGUGGGUGGUUGGAUCAUCUUGCAUAGUGCGCUGGUCGCAGGCCCCGAGUCUCAUGGCAAGUUCUUGGGUGACAAGGAAAUUGUUGAGAAAGGGGCGUUCAUCCAAUCACCGGAAGGGCAGGAGAUUCAGAAGAAACUGUGGGAGGAGACAAUUGCCGAGAUUGGCACAUUGACGACACUUCCUGCUGAGUUUAAAUAG